GCCUCGUCCCCAGAUCGCCAGCCUCCGGUCGAGCCUCUAGGGACCGGAGGCGUCUCCGCACCGCCUGGGUCUCACUCAGGACCCGGGGAAGCCCUGCGGCUAGCCGAGGCCCUCCGGGUCGCGGAGCACCGGCCACCACCCCGCGGUCCCCCCCGCUUUCGGUCUGGGUCGCCCGGAUCGACUCUCGCCGGCCGCUGCCCGCCUGCCGUGUGCAUCAGCGCCUGGAGCCCAGAGCAGCUCCGAGGUGGCCCCAGGGACAUCUCCGAGGGGAUCUGCGAGAUGCGGCCGUCCAGAUGUGAGAGCAGAGAAAGUGCUUACAAACUCACCAGGAUGCUCCCAAGCCACGCCCUCUCCAUCAUCCGUUUGCUCAGCCUGUGUCUCAUGGUGUGUGUGAGCCUACAGUUCGUUUCAUCAACUGAUGUUGAGGAUUAUCCAAAGGAAUCUUGCGAUAUAAAACUGACGUUACGAAAUUUCCGGCUAAUUGUGUCAUGGGAACUACAAAACAAAUCCAUCCCACCAACUCACUAUACGUUUUGGUCCACAAUCAUGAGCAAACUGGAAGACCCGAAGGCUUUGGAGAACUGUACAAAUAUCACGGAAUCCUCUUGCGACGUGACAGAUGAGUGGGGAUACAGAAAUGAGAACUAUGUCCCCAUCGUUGUAAUUUACAGAGGAGACUCCAUGCAGAGCCUCUGUGACAGCUUCGAGAUCACGGCCACAGACACUAGACUUGAGCCGCCAGAAUUCGGGGUUGUCGGCUUUACAGAUCACAUAAAUGUGACAAUGAAAUUUCCACCCGUCACUCCCAAGCUAUUCAGGGAGAGCAUAUGGAAUAUGCUAGUCUAUAGGUCGCUUGUCAUCAAAGAACAGGCGGGUCAGAGCGUCAAGCUGCACAAGCCCAAAAUGAAGAACAUCACUGGGAACGUCACCUAUGUCCUUCGAGACUUACUUCCAAAGACAAACUACUGUGUAUCUGUUUAUUUUGAAGCUGAAAACCCGAAAAACACUAUAAAGUCUCCCUUUAAAUGCACCGUCCUUCAGCCUGACCAGGAAUCAGGACCAUCAGAGUCUGGCAAAGUAGGAAUAAUUACUGGGUGUGUGAUAAUAGUGGCUUUCUUCAGCGCCAUCGUAAUGCUGAAACGGAUUGGUUAUAUAUGCUUAAAAAACAAUUUCCCCAAUGCCCUGAAUUUCCAUAACUUUCUGUCCUGGAUAGUCCCUGAAGUGCCACCAUCAGAAGGAGUCGACAAGUUGGAGAUCAUUCCCACAAACAAAAAGAAGAAGGUGUGGAAUUACGAUUAUGGAGACGAAAGUGACAGUGACGGUGAGGAAGUCCCCAAAGCAAGCGCCACUGGCUACACCACGCACGGACUGAUGGGUAGGCUUCUGAGUCAGGCCUCCGACCCCUCCACCAGCCCCCAGGAGCCCCAGCUUGAGGAAGACUCUGCCACAGAGGAAUCUGAUGCCACAGGGGCUGGGGCUGAGCCAGAGCUCCCCACAGAGGCUGCGAUGGUGCUGGGCCUCGGGCCUUCAGAGGACCCGAGUGCUCCCUAUGAGCGGAGAGAGAGUGCGCUCCAGGACUCCUUCUCCGGGCAUGACAGCAGCUCCAUGAAUGAGCCCGGGGAAAAAGUUAUCUUCAAUGUGAACUUAAAUUCUGUGUUUUUGAGAGUUCUCCACGAUGGCUCUGAAGACGGCUCAGAGGCGUCGUCUCUAGCAGAAGACCCCGUCCACCUAGACGAGGCUCCCCACAGGACAGAGUCAGGCCUCCCGAUGGCUGGUGGGGACAGGACACAGUCACCCCAUCCCAGCAUCUCUUCCCAAGGUCUGUGGACUGAAGAUGGGUCGUCUGACAAAACUGACAGCUCAGACUCAGAUGCUGACAUAGGGGAUGGCUAUAUUAUGAGAUGACUAGCAGCUGGAGCUGAGCGCCUACGGGGGUCUCCUCACAGCCUGGCUGAUACCUUGUGGCCCGCAGCUGUCUGCGGGGGAGGGACUAGGGACCUCUGGAACCCUCCCGGUUCUUGCCAUGGUCCCCUGGGUGCAGACUCCCAGUUUGUGGAUCCGUAUUGUUUACGUGGGUCAUGAGCAUGCCCCGCCCACCCCGUUCCCACAGAUGCACUAAGGGUGGGGCUGCAUUAUGUUUCCCAGGGAACAGUGUUCACUGUGACUUUCAGGGGUAGCCAAGGCCCCCCAUGCCUGGGGUCCUAUCUAGGCAGUAAUUAAAUGGGGGCAGAGAAAAGGAAAGGGAAACUGGCCUAGCAGUGCUUAGCAGGGCUCCUGGGAUGAGCCUGAAGGCGGGUAAGGGGGAGAGAGGAAGGGAACCUUACAGGUGGCGGGAAAUGAGGUGUGGACGAGUGGGCCAGCAAGGUCUGGGUCCUCAGCUGCCACUGCCUGUUCCCACCACUCUGCGAUGUUCACUCAGUCACCCAGAAAACCUCCCACAGCGAUGUGGGCGUGGGGAGAAGCCAUACGAAUGAUCCCAGGAUCCUCCAGGGCGCUCAGAGAGAAUGGAAAUUGGCGUGGCGGGGGGCAGGGAGCGAAAUCUCAGUGCCUGGCGCAUUGUAAGGUUUUCGUCUUUGUUUCUAAGAGCAAAAGCGAGCAUUUCAAGGUCUUCAGAAUAAGCAGGGGACACAACAAGUGUUAGUCCCACUUGGCGAUUUUUAAAGAACCCUGUGUAUGGAUUUGGAUGGCGGUCACUGUGAGUCUCAAAUCAUGGAGGGGCCAGCCAACAAGCGGUUGCCAAUGGGUGACUUUGGGGUUCUUGUGUGGUGUGUAUUUUAUUUUGUUUUGGACAAGUUCUCUCACAUAGGGUGGCCUUCUGGUCGCCCAGCCCCGCCUCUCUAGCACUGUGACUGGUUACAGGAGCGUGCUGUCGUAAGACUGAACCCAGGGCUUCUCCAUACUAGGCAAGCGCUCUACCGGACCCCUCCCCCUUUGUAUUUUUGCUUCACCUCUUUGAGCACCAGUUUCUUCAUUAUGAAAUAAAGGGAAUGACUGGGUCAAGUCAUCCCCACCAUCCUAGAGGCCUGAGACCGAUGCUAAAAAGACCCAAAUGAAGGUGCUGAGCCCCAGAGGUACCCAGGAUGGAUGAAGAAGAGUAUAGGCCCCUCCCAUCCUGCUCCUCACCCCCAAAAGUCAGUUUCUCACACCUUUCUUCUAUUCAAAAAGGGGAAACUACAUGGGUCCUCGCUCAAAGGCUUCUGAUGGGUUGCUCUGUAACUCAUCAAAAGAAGCCCCGUGGGAUGGACCUAUAAAAUCCCACAGGAGAAAAACCCUACACACACAAACUAUCUCCCUUCCCUCUGAAUACAUCUAUCCUCUACCCAGACUCAUUGCUGGCUCUCACCCUUUCUUUUAAGCUUUGCAUAAUUGCUGGAAAAUAGUUUUUAAUGCUUGCACUCAUUUUUAAAAAUUUUGUAUGUUUGAAGAUUGUCAGAGGUUUAAUACAAGAAUACUUUUUUACACAA